CCCGCGUGAAGCCGUCAUAGGAGCAGUUACAGGUGAGCCGAAGGUCACAGCGACCGCAGGAUGGCCUCUCGUCAUCUGGGUUUGACCUCUGACCCCAACAGAGAGCGAGGAGGAUGAUGAUCUGGAAGUCGGAGUAAAGGCUUUCCACCUGAGUGCCUGAGGCCGCGUCACACCAGAAUGUAGCACAGCAGAGUUCAUCCUCAUAUCUUCUCCAAGAGAAGCAUCAGGAUAAAAGGCGGAGAAGCAGCAGAGGACAGCAAUUGGUUUAGCACACACGCUGAUCCUGAAACAGGUCACACGAUCACUUCUUCACCACCAUCAUCACCAUCACCACCACCACCAUGAAGUGGCUCAGUGUGUCUCUGGCACUGUGCUCCCUCCUGGCCCUGAUCCGAGCCGGCCCGCUCCACCCCAACUCCACCUCCCCCGUCCACGACAUCCCCAGACAAUCGGGCCGCUGCGCGUACAUUGUGCACAAUUUACCUGCCCACGUACCCAUCGGUAUGUUCGUCCCGCAGUGUGACGCCAACGGGAACUUCCUCCCGCAGCAGUGCUCGGGGUCGACCGGAUACUGCUGGUGUGUCAACGUCCUCACCGGAGAUAAGAUACCGGGCACCGAGACUCCGCCAGGGGCCAUACCUGUGAACUGUGACAUGGAAUACCACUGCCCCUACGACUGGUCCCACUUUGGCAAACGCUGUUACUACUUCGUCGACAGCCCGAAGACAUGGGUUGAAGCUGAGAGUUACUGUCUGUUCGAAGGAGCAAACCUGGCAUCGAUCCACAGCGAAGAGGAGUGUCACUUCAUCCAGUCUUUGACCAAAGCACACAGCUACGACUUUCCCCUAACCUGGCUCGGUGGCCACAACGCCGUACACUCUUGUUUUUGGAUGUGGAAUGAUGGCACCAAGUUUGACUUCGACAACUGGCACAAGAAAAUGGACAUGGACGACGAAAUGGAGAAAACUGACUGCUGCCUGAAGAUUAACUAUGGAUAUAACCUGAAGUGGCACCACGGUUCUUGCAAUGAGACGCUCCCAUUUGUUUGUUCCAAGAUGACCCAUUACUAGAUCCAACAGUUGGAGUCCCGAUCAGCUCCUCACACUGCUUUCUUUCCGUCGUUUUGAUAGACGUUAGUGACAGAUAUUAGCGUGCAUGGCUUUAGAGUUUAGUUUUCUUUGUGAGUCUACACCGAGUCUGGCUAAUCCACCUGCAGGGCUGACUCUGGGCUAACUCUAAAUCAUGUUGCAUGCGUCUCAUCUGCUGUAAGAACUGUAACUCUUACAUAAGCAACACUCUCAAUAAACACAUUAGAGUUUUUAGAAAUUAUAUUAAUAAAAAAAUGUUCGCACCACUGACUGAGAAACAG